UUACCAAAGGCUAGCUCCGGAAAUAUUAUCAUAUAUGUGUAGUCGUAGUCACAACAGACGUUUCCGUUACUAAAGUAGUUACGUGAUCUUUUACUGUACUAUUGGUUAUCUGAUUGUUGUCGAAGAACUAUUAUUGGUGGGCCUGUGAAAGGAGUCCACCAGUUCCCGUAAAAUUUUUGCCUGAUUUGCAGAUCUCACGUUUGUCCUGAUAUUUUGAUAUCGUCCAGAAGGGCGUUACCAUUUUAUAUGACUUUUCUUAGCCACAAAGAUUUCCAUCUUGGGUCUGCAUUUUCCAACACCAUCGGUCCCAUAGAAAUCCCUCCUAGUCUAAUUCAAGAUUUGGGUUCUUUAUGCAAACAAAGACAUAAAUCUUGUGUACCUGGCUAGAAAAAAACAUUAUCAUUGUCCAGAAGAAGGUCUGGGAGUUUACACAUAGCGGUAGAGCCAAUUCGUGGCCUUGUCACUAGGUGUAUGAGUUCAUCGAAGCGCCAGUGGCCUGUCAGUUAUAGGACAUCAAAAUUUUCAAGUAAUCGGCAUAGGAAAUCUCAACCAUUCAGAGAAACGUGAUUGUCACCCUUAUUGUGGAGAGGACUGCUAGAAUCGGCCAUCGCUUUCCCCUUCCAUCAUCGUGUCUCUCUCGUCUUAAGUUUUCCCUUCCAAGAUGGGCAGCGUCAAUGUUAACCGCAAUGUCAGUGAUGCCUUCUAUCGCUACAAGAUGCCAAGGAUCUUGGCUAAGGUCGAGGGCAAAGGAAAUGGCAUCAAAACUGUUAUUGUCAACAUGAUCGACGUCGCUAAGGCUCUUGGCCGUCCUGCCACUUACCCAACCAAAUACUUUGGGUGUGAACUGGGAGCACAGACUCAGUUUGAUUUCAAGAAUGACCGUUUCAUCGUGAACGGAUCCCAUGAUGCCUCCAAACUGCAAGACCUGCUGGACGGUUUCAUCCGCAAGUUCGUGCUGUGUCCUGGUUGUGACAAUCCCGAGACUGACCUCAUCGUCAGCACAAAGAAGGGCACUAUCAGCCAGGGCUGUAAGGCUUGCGGCUUCCAUGGCCCUCUCGAGUUCAACCACAAGCUCAACACUUAUAUUCUCAAGAAUCCUCCAAAUUUAAAUCCAGCUGCACAAGGCGCAUCACUCACUGAAGGCAAACGUGCUAAACGUUCAUCCAAGAAAGUUAAUGGAGAGAAUGGUGAACGCUCAGGAUCACCCAAGUCUGAAGAAGAGAAUGAUAUUGUUGGUGCUCCUGAAAAAAUGGCAAAGCCUGAGGAGGAUGAGACGGACUGGGCUGUGGACGUGUCAGAGGAGGCUGUGCGAGCAAGAUUGCAGGACUUGACGGACGGAGCCAAAGGUCUGACCAUUACGGAUGACUUGGAGAAGACUGAGAAGGAAAGGAUGGAUUUGUUCUACAACAGUGUAAAGCAACGUAAGGACGCAGGUACCCUUGAGCAGCCAGCAACUGCCAAGGAGCUACUGGCUGAAGCUGAGAGACUGGAGAUCAAAACCAAAGCUCCUCUGGUGCUGGCUGAACUGCUGUUCGAUGGCAAAAUACUUAGUGAGAUAAAGAAACAUCGAGUUCUGUUGCUGCGCUUCACUCAUGAUGACCCUAGGGCACAGAAGUAUCUCCUCGGAGGAGUUGAACAAGUCAUCAGCCUGCACAAGGACAGUCUUUUGCCUAAAGUCCCUGCUAUUUUUAAGAUCAUGUAUGAUAUGGAUAUUUUGGAAGAAAAGGUACUUUUGGAUUGGGGAAGCAAAGUUAGCAAGAAAUACGUAAGCAAAGAGCUGAGCCAAGAGAUCCACAGCAAAGCAGAGCCAUUCUUGACUUGGCUUCGAGAGGCAGAAGAGGAGGAAGAGAGCAGUGAAGACGAAGAAGAUGAUCUUGAAAUUGAGUACGAUGAUCGAGCCAAAGCGACUCCGCUGAAGGAAACCAAAGUCAUUGUGGAGAAGCCUAAACCUCUUGAAGACGAUGAAGGGGAAGACGAUGUGGACAUUGAUGCCAUUUGAACUUGUCCAUCUCUCAAAAUUGACAAAUAAACAUCUAGACGCUAAACAUUUGUUAGGAAUUUAAUUUUGUUGGUAAAUUAGAAUCUACAUAUAGUUAUGAAUUUGGAAUAUUUGUUAAAUAUAAGAUUUAUACUGUAAAUGACUGUAAAAGCAUUUCAGUGCAAUUGAGUUCAGUUUUAUUGGAGGGGGAUCAAUUAUCAUAAGACAUAGACAUAUUUGUGCGCUCUACUUGAUGGCAUUGCUUAUGUUGUCAGUACAUUUCUCUAUUCUUUAAUUUGUAUUGUGUUGAUAAUACUACUAUGUGUAAACUUUCAAAUGGUCUCUAAUGAUAUAACUUUUCACUACCAAAUAGAAAUUAUAUUAUGUAUAAAUGUAAGAAUGGAGUUGUUGAACACAAAGACUGUUAACAAAUUCAUGUGGUUGGGGUUAUUUUGUUUUUUAGUGUUCAGAUUGAUAUUACUCAAAGUUAUUUUUCUAUUCUGCGGAAUUUGUUAUGGAUUUUGUUCAUGAUUAACUAUAAUAUUAACUCAGAUUUUUCCAUAAAAGAUGUUGAGAAAGAAGCGUAACCAUUGUUUUAUUUUAUUGGUGGGUGAAUAUCAGAAAGAUCCCGGUAAUGAACUGAGAACUGUCAAUAACAUGUGUGAAAUGUGUGUAAGUUCACUGUGAUCGGUUUACAAACCACUGUACGCUACGCAAAUGUAUGUUUAGUAGAAUGAGAUGACUGCCUUACUGGUAUAGCUGGUAUAUUUUUAUCAAAUGAAAGGGUGAGCCAGUUUGUUUAUUCUUGUAGAUUUUACAAAUUUAUUGUCAUUUACAUUAAUAUUGCAUUUAAGAGAAGUAAAAUUACAAAUAUAUACAUUGCUACUCCAUCAUUGAAAUAGUUCAAUACAUGCUUGUUUUUUCUUAUGUCAAUAAAACCGAUGCUUAUGGA